AUGGCUGGUGGAAAGAAACAUCAAAAUAAUCCUGUCUCAGAAAAUUUGGAAAAACUGAUUCAGCGAAAAGCCAAAGUUGUUGAAAAUAUUGAAAGAAUAAAAAGGUCAAUUAUUGAAAAGACUAUUUCUUUCAAUACCUUUGAGAUCGAUUGUCGAUUGGAAAUUUUAAAAGACCAUAUCGCUCAAGCUAUGGAGUUUCAGUCGGAAUUGGAUAUUUUAGAUCCGACAAAUGACGACAGAUCCGAGCUUGAAGAUUUAUGUGUUACCACGAAGUCUCUAUUGUUAAGUCUUCAGGCCAAGAAUAGAAGACCGAGCUUGCAGGAAACUUCAUUCAUGCAACCUCAUCAUUCUAGGCUUCCAAAUAUGCGGCUCCCUAAAUUCAGCGGAAAAUAUUCCGAUUAUAAAAAUUUUAUGAGCUUGUUUGAGAAUUUGGUACACAAUGAUCAUACAUUGACAGAUAUUGAGAAAUUUAACCAUCUUAUAUCAUGUUUAACUGAUGAGGCUUUAGGAACAGUUAAAGCUUUUCAAGUAACUGAAGAAAAUUACCCCAAGGCAUUAGCGAGCUUGAAAAAAGUUUAUGAUAAUGACUGUCUAAUUUUUCUGAAAAAUAUUUCAAAAUUAUUCGAUCUCCCUGAGAUUAGUAACCCUUCAGCUCCAGCUUUGAGAAACAUGAUUGACACGGUUUCCGCCAUUUAUGAUUCUUUAUUGUCAAUUGGCGAUGAUAAAAAGACUUCGAAUGCGAUUUUAAUUCAUCUAGUGAUGUCGAAAGUUGAUCCAGUCACUAAAUCCAAAUGGGAAGAACAGCUUGAUUUCGAAAAGCUCCCACUUUGGUCUGACUGCGAGGCCAUGUUAAACAAAAGGUACCAGCACAUUUCGGCUGAUGAAUCUUCGGGUUCAAAGCCCAAAAACUCUAAAAAUAAAAAUGAAUUCGUGCCUAAGAAACAUUCGAAGACAUCACUAUCUGUAACAAAAUCGAAACAACCUGUUGAAAAAUGUCUAUUCUGUAAAUCUGCUGAGCAUAAUAUAUACAAUUGCUCCUUUUUCGCAACAGUGCCAGUUCUUCAAAGGUUUGACUUUAUAAAAGCUGCACCUGCAUGUAUAAAUUGCCUUAAAAAAGGUCACACCGUAGCGAGAUGUAGUUCUCAAAAGUGCAGAGUUUGCGGCGGAGCACAUAACAAGCUUUUGCAUCGCUAUAGUUCUGAAACUCAAAGUGCGAAUACUGCGUCGAAUUUUUCGCCAGAUCUUCCAUCAACUUCUAAUGCUGCAGUAAAUCAUUCAGCAUCUGAUGUGAAUGUUAUUCUUGCCACAGCUGUGGUAAAAGUAAAAUGUAGUUCUGGUGAUUACAUACUUGCAAGAGCAUUAUUAGAUUCCGGUUCACAGACAAAUUUGAUUACCGAGGAACUUGCUCAAAGGCUUGGAAUAAAACGAAAAGGAGGCAGAUUAAAUUUAACAGGCAUUGGUGAAGUUAGUUCUGUAGCUAAAACUAAUAUAGAGAUCUCCGUUAUGUCGAGGGUUAAUUCCACUCAAUUCUCUUCAAAGUUUUGGGUGUUGAGUUCAAUUACGAAUUUCCAACCUGAUCGCAGGAUUUGCACUACUAAUUGGAAUAUUCCAAGAAAUGUUGAAUUGGCAGAUCCUGAAUUUUAUAAACCUCAGAAAGUAGAUUUGUUAAUUGGUGGUGAAAUGUUCUUUGAACUAUUAUGUGUUGGACAAAUUAAGUCUAAUCCGAGCCUACCAGUUCUUCAGAAAACAUCUCUUGGCUGGAUUGUUGCUGGAAAAUGUGAUCAGUCAAAGGGCUCUAGUUCAAAAAUAUGUCAUGUUAGCAACAUUAUAGAAAACGAGGAAGCUAUUGAUUCAAUUGUACGUAAAUUUUGGGAACUUGAAGAAGUUUCUCAUGAACAAACAUUGAUUUAUAAUGAGGAACAGCAAAAAUGUGAGGACAAUUUUAAGAAUUCGGUUCGACGUUUACCGUCAGGACGUUUUGAAGUCUCACUUCCUUUCAAAUCGGAUACUAAUCUUUUAUGGUCAUCUUUUGAUACUGCCAAACGGCGAUAUUUAGCGCUUGAGCGCAAACUUUCUAAUGACGAAAAUAUGAGAGAAAUGUAUCACGAUUUUAUGAAAGAGUAUGUUGAUUUAGGACAUAUGUCUAUUGUAAAUAAUCAAAUACCGAAAUUUCCUCACUAUUUUAUACCGCAUCAAUGCGUUUUAAGACCUCAAAGUUCGACUACCAAACUUCGUGUAGUUUUUGAUGCUUCGUGUCGUACUUCUUCACGGACUUCGCUCAAUGAUAUAUUAAUGGUUGGGCCUACUGUGCAGGAAGAUUUAUAUGCGACUCUUAUCCGUUUUCGUUAUCAUAAAUUUGUGAUCACUGCUGAUAUUGAGAAAAUGUACCGCCAAGUUUUGGUUGGCGAUAAUGAUAGAAAUUUUCAAAUGAUCCUUUGGAGACAAAAUUCUUCUGAUCCGCUACAGGUGUUCCGUUUAAACACCGUAACUUAUGGUACUUCUUCUGCACCGUUUUUAGCGAUCAGAUGUUUAAUUUAUUUGAGCGAUUUGUACAAAGAGACUUUGCCCAUCGGGGCAAAUGUUAUUCGCCGUGAUUUUUAUGUUGACGAUUUGCUAACUGGUGCCGAUAGUUUUGAUGAACUUUUAACUAUUCGAGAUCAAGUGACUCAAAUAUUGAGUUCCGCUAGAUUUCAUUUAACAAAAUGGUUUUCAAAUCACCCCGAAUUUAAUGUUUCUGAUUGUAAAGAAAAAUUAUUACAUGCAGAUUCCGAUUCAGCUAAAGCUUUGGGCAUACAUUGGGUUCAUUGCCAGGAGAGGUCUUCCCCGCAAAGUGUACUGCGACAACGCCACCAACUUCGUCGGAGCCAGCAAAAUCCUCAAGGAGUUAAUAGAAGCGUUCGAGAAGAGCAAAGGGGACGUCGUGUCGUACGCAGCGUCGUACAGGGUAGACUUCAGCUUCGUACCACCCAGGGCACCUCACUUCGGAGGACUAUGGGAAGCAGCCGUGAAGCAGGCGAAGCACCUACUUCUACGAGCCGUGGGCAAUGCACUGCUCACUCAGGAAGAGAUGAUAACAAUGCUCGUAGAGGUAGAGGCGGUGCUCAACAGCAGGCCAAUAGCACCGCUGUCUCCAGACCCGAACGACGGAGAUGCCUUAACACCAGCGCAUCUACUAAUAGGAGAGGGUCUGCGUUCGCUGCCGCCAGGAUCCGUCGGAGACGUCAACGACAACAAUCUGCGGUGCUUGAAGCGAUGGCGGAUGCUAUGCGCUCUCAAGCAGAGGUUUUGGCGAGCCUGGUCCAAAGACUACGUUCUGGGGUUGCAGGACAAAGGCAAGUGGAUCAAAGAAGAACCGAAUCUGCAAAUAGGACAAUUAGUGGUAGUACACGAGGACAAUCUCCCGCCCCAAGAGUGGCUGACCGGGAAAGUCGUCCGCGUAAUCGAAGGCCAAGACGGCAAGGUCAGAGUGGCGGAGGUGAAAACCAAAAACGGCGUAUAUAA